CCUGAGUGACGUAAUCUCCCCGCGCCAAAUUCUAACCAAAACAAACGCAGAAGCCGUUCGGCUGCCAAUGAUUCAACAAAGAAGUUAUGAAAACGUCUGUACGUGAUGCUGCAACCAGACUUGCUCCAGCUUAUGGCGAUGGGAGGAAGUCAAACUCGUAACGGUGACGAAGAAGAGGGUUUUAGAGAAGCGGCGGAGCAGCAGGAGGAGGGAAACCCAUUCACUUUUAAUCCGCAGCUCCUCCGUCUGCACAGAGACCAUGAGCUGUUUGAGGAUGGAGAUGUUUUCAGACACAUGUAUCUGCAGGACCUGUUCAUGUCAGAGGCAGAGGAGCAGCCAGCGCCCAGUGUUUCAGAGUUUGGCUGUCACAUCUCCGGCUGUAGAGCCGUCUUCAGCACACUGGAUGAGUACGAGCACCACUACAAUUCCCUGCACCGACACGUGUGCUGCUCCUGCCGCCGCUCCCUGCCGAGCGCCCGGCUCCUGGACAUUCACAUUCAGGAGUGGCACGACUCACUUUUCACCAUCCUCGCCCAAAAACAAGACAUGUAUCUGUGCCUUGUGGAAGGCUGUGGACAGAAGUUUAGGACAAGUCAGCAAAGGAAGGACCACCUGAUAAGACUUCACAAGUAUCCACCGGACUUCAGAUUUGACAAAAACAGAAAAGAAAAAGGAACCAGAGAAGCGAGCAGAGAGCAGAGGACAGACACGGCCAUGGAGGCAGCAGACGAUGUUUGUAGGUCGGAGGGUGUGUGUGAGGUUAUGUGCAGCGUUGAGUCCAACCAGCUUGAGCAGGAGGAGUCCAUGGAGACGCAUGCAAGCAGGGAGGAAGCUGCUCAGUUUGAGGACUUUUCUGCUUCAGCUCAGACCCCAGAAACAAACACAGAGCGGCUGAAACCAAAAUACUCCUACAGGGUGCCUAAAACUGUGUGUUUUGGUCACGGCUCGGUCCGAGGCUUUAGAGGCCAGAGGGGCAGAAGGAAAUGAAACACAGCAUCUGACCACUCUGUUCUCUGUGUUUUAGGAUUAAAAUAUGAUGCAUUUUGUUGUCAGUAAUUCAAUUCAAUUAAAGUUCUUUUUGCAUUCUCAGAUGAGAUGCGAGAUGAUUAACAUGCUUCCUGUUGGAAAAUGUGAUAAAAGGAUGCAGUGAAGCUCAGCACUUUUAUAUUAAGGAUGUACUUGAUUUCACAGAAGUGAUAGGAAAUUAGAAGAACAUUUGCAUUUUUUAAUAAUAGACUUUAAUACAAAUUGUGUUUUCAGCCUUAUAAAAUACACUGUACAUUAAUGACUGCAGUGGGAUCGAUGGAUGCAAAAAAACAACCCAGAAUAUUUGUAAUUAUAUUUUAUAAACUAAAAUGAAAGUUCUGAAAUCAGCCCUUUUUUUAGAAAAAUAAAACAUGAGGAAAAUAUAUGGUUUCAUUUGUAUUGCUGAAACAGACAGGGAUUUAUGGGUUAUAAUUUCACCUCAUAAUAUCUUGUGGUUGUGUGAAAUGACAACAAUUAAUUAAGGAACAUUUUGCUGUGAAAACCAGUAAAACACUCAUAACAACAACAGUCAAAGCUAACAAACAAACUUUAUAGAAAAUUGAUCAAAUUCCCUUUGGAUAUCAAUAUCUCGGUCAGUUUUUCCAGCUUGUUUUGCUAUUUUGUCCUAAAUUGUUAUUAAGUCAGGAUAAAAUCUAAAUCCAAAAUACAAGCUGUCACACAUCACAUAAGAUUAACACGCCUGAUCCGAAAGUUUCUAAGUGAGUAAAUUUCUGUGUUUCUAUUUAUUUUGCAUGGUUUUGCUUGUAGUCUGUUUAGCAGCAGCAGAUUAUUUAAGGUGUGUU